AUGAAGUCUUUCGCCGUUCUCGCUGCCCUCUCCGUCCUGGCUGCUGCUGACCCCCUUGUUCCGCGCACAGCCAUGGAUGUGACUUAUUUUCGCCUUUGGUACUGUCAUGUCCAGUCGCACCACUGUUAUAGAUUGCAGACGGAUUGCGAUCGGAAACACCCCGACGUCCAUGACUGCCUAUAUAACAAGGACCCGAAUUGCGUCGCGGAUAAGGAAUCCUACUGCGGACAGACGGUCCAGAAAUGCUAUGGCGAACAUUACGGGGAGUCGGAGAACUUGGAGAAGCGGACAUGGUCGGACUCGGAAGAAAAGAUGUUCGACUGCCUCGAGAACUUGAACAAUUGCAUCCCAAUCGUAAAAGGAUCCGAAAAGCCCCAGGCGGCCAACAGGCGCAGAUUGCGACGAGGACCAGCCUGCGAAGCCUUCUUGAAGGAGUUACCGAAGCUCGACGAGCCCCGGAACGAGACGAGCCACGGCAUGUAG